AUGUCGUCCACAUCAGCAUACAAUCGAACAUCAUCUUACAAUCGGACAUAUGAAAAGCGAAUUAUUGAACAAGGCCCAAAAAUCACUAGUACAGGUUCACCACUACAUUUAUCCAAUAUGGGAUCACCACUGCACGUAUCCACCUCAAGUUUCCAGUUGCCACCUACCACAUUAACGUCAACAAAUACAUCAACGGCCGGAACAGGCCUUAUAGCAUCCCACCAGCAGACCGACGAUUCUUUUUACGUACAGAUGGAUUUAUCACAAUUCAGACCUGAAGAUCUAAAAGUAUCGGUAGCAAAUUCCUACAUAAUCAUCGAAGCAAAGCACGCUGAACGAGAGGAUGAAUUUGGCCUUGUGGAACGGCUUCUAAUUAGGAAAUUUCCACUGCCUUCGAACGUGCCAGCAGAUGCAGUUAGCAGUAGUCUUACUGCAGAUGGACAUCUUAAUGUUAUUGCAAGUGUCCCGCGCCAAAAGGGUGAUAAUAUCGCGAGGACAAUUCCGAUCAAAAUGGUAUCCAGCCUGAUGAAAGCAGAAUCUAAACAACAGAAUUUAACAACUAACGAGCAGUCACCGAUUCUGUGA